AUGACCCUCCUCGCUGCCGCCGACGCGAUAUGGAAGACGGCCGCGAGCUUUGGCGCGCCGGUCGGCACUGUGUCGUACACUGUCGUCUUCUUCAUCUUUGGCACGCUGCUGUCCAGCACGCUGUUUAGUUUGUCCGAACUCAUGUACAUCACCCCCUACGCCACCUACACGACCCUCGGCUCCGCCUACGUCGACCCCGCAGUCGGGUACAUCAUGGGCCUCAACUACCUCCUGCAGGUCGGGUGGGAAACGGCGGGCGAGCUCCUCGGCGUCGUCAUCUACAUUGGCUACUGGGACAAGGACAUGACGCGGGGGCGCAUGGGCAUGUACAUUGGCAUUAUUACCGCCGUGUGCAUCGUCGUGAAUGUGGGGAGGUUCAAGGGCUCGCCCUACCUCCAGCGCACACUCGACGCCAGCAAGCUCCUCCUCGUAAUCUGCAUGUUCAUCUUCUGCGUCGUCGUGACGACCAAGAACCGGCCCAGCCACGGCUGGGUCGCCCCUCAUGGCAAGUACUACCGCACCGAGCCGUUCAACAACCACUUCUCCGGGGUGGUCACGCCGCGCGCGCUCUCCCGCUUCUUGGGGUUCUGGGCAGUGUGGGCAAAGUGCAUGUACGCGUACUCUGGCCUCGAGGGGUUCCCGGGCCUGCCGCGCGCAGACGGGUUCAAGAGCGACCCGCGCAUGCUGCGCACCAACCUCAUCGGCCCCGCCAAGACAAUGUGGUUCCGCAUCUGCCUCACCUACGUCGUCGUGAUCGUCACCUACUGCCUCAACAUCAGCAUGCACUCGACGUGGCUCCUCGGCCCGAACAAGCCGCCCCGCGACACGCCCACCGCGCCGGUCUACGUCGCGAUCGCGCACAUGGCCGGCGUCAAGGGCCUCGCGCACCUCGUCAACGCGGUGGUGCUUACCAACGGACUUGUGGCCACCAUCCUCAACAUGGGCUCGACGGCUCGCGCGUUCAACUAUGUGCUUGACUCGACGUUCAACAGGCUCAGCGAGAAGGCCAGCGUCGACGGCGCAGAGCCCGACCCGGCCGGUGCCGCGCCCGUGCCCCUGCCCAAGAUUGUCCAGCUGGCGUUCCCCCGCCUCGGCGGCUGGCUCGGCACCAACGACCUCCCGAUCGGGGGCCUGCUCGUCGGUAUUGGCUUCGCCGCGCUGUCCUUCAUCGCCCUCGACCACGGCCUCAACCAGUGCUUCCUGUGGUUCACCGGCUUGUCGGGCACGUCGUCCAUCGUCCUCUGGGCCGCCAUCAACCUGUGCUACGUGCGCGCGAGGAAGGCGCUGAUCCUGAGAGGCGUCCGUGGCAAGGUCAAGCUCCCCCUCCAACACCACAUGCAGCCCUUCCUCGCCUACUUCUGCAUCCCCUUCUUCACCAUCAUCUUCCUCUUCAACGGCUUCUGGGUCUGGAUCCCAAAGUUUGAGGGUGUCCAGUUCGUCAUGUCCUACCUCACCUUCCCCUACACCAUCAUCCCGUACAUCCUGUACAAGCUCUGGUGGAGGACCCGCGUCGUCGACCUGCGCCAGAUCAACUUUGGCGCGUGCGCCCGCGGCCUCCUGCAUUCGGAGAAGAAGCCCAGUGUUGUCGUCGACAACACUGGCGUCGACCCCGCCAUGGUCGUCGACGCCGGCGUCAUCAACGAGAAGAAGAAGAAGAAGGUCACGACGAGAAGAGUCCCAGUCCCGUCCGACACCUCGGACUCGUCGCCGUUGGCAUCGUCGCCGUCAGCGUCCGACUUGGCGUAG